GGAGGAUUCCAGAAGGGCUACUAUCGUCGCGCCGCGCCGCGCAACGCAGCUCCGGGCUGUUCGAGCGCCUGUUUGCUGCCCCGUACUCCCACGGUCUAUCCGCUAUGAUAAGCGCCAGCCGAGCUGCGGCUGCCCGUGUGGUCGGCGCCGCAGCCUCCCGGGUCUCCACCGUCGCUCGCCACCAGGAUAGCUGGAAAGGCCUUAGUCAUGAGGCUUUUAGAAUUGUUUCACGCCGGGACUAUGCGUCAGAAGCAAUCAAAGGAGCAGUUGUUGGUAUUGAUUUGGGUACUACCAACUCUUGUGUGGCAGUUAUGGAAGGUAAACAAGCAAAGGUGCUGGAGAAUGCUGAAGGUGCCAGAACUACACCUUCAGUUGUGGCCUUUACAGCAGAUGGUGAGCGACUUGUUGGCAUGCCAGCCAAGCGGCAGGCUGUUACCAACCCAAACAACACAUUCUAUGCCACCAAGCGUCUCAUUGGUCGCCGGUUUGAUGACUCUGAAGUCCAGAAAGACAUUAAAAAUGUUCCCUUCAAAAUUGUCCGUGCCUCCAAUGGUGAUGCCUGGGUGGAAGCACAUGGGAAACUCUAUUCUCCAAGUCAAAUCGGUGCAUUUGUGUUGAUGAAGAUGAAGGAGACUGCAGAAAAUUACUUGGGUCAUGCAGCAAAAAAUGCCGUUAUCACAGUUCCAGCUUAUUUCAAUGAUUCUCAGAGACAGGCCACUAAGGAUGCUGGCCAGAUCUCUGGAUUAAAUGUGCUUCGGGUGAUCAAUGAACCUACAGCUGCUGCUCUGGCUUAUGGGCUGGACAAAUCAGAAGAUAAAAUCAUUGCUGUAUAUGAUUUAGGUGGUGGAACUUUCGAUAUUUCUGUCUUGGAAAUUCAGAAAGGAGUGUUUGAGGUAAAAUCCACCAAUGGAGACACUUUCUUAGGUGGAGAAGACUUUGACCAGGCCUUGCUACAACACAUUGUAAAGGAAUUCAAAAGAGAAUCAGGGGUUGAUUUGACCAAAGACAACAUGGCACUGCAGAGGGUACGGGAAGCUGCUGAAAAGGCCAAGUGUGAACUCUCCUCAUCUGUGCAGACUGACAUCAACUUGCCAUAUCUUACAAUGGAUGCUUCUGGACCCAAACAUUUGAACAUGAAGUUGACCCGGGCUCAAUUUGAAGGGAUUGUCACUGACCUAAUCAGGAGGACGAUAGCCCCAUGCCAAAAAGCCAUGCAAGAUGCAGAAGUCAGCAAGAGCGACAUAGGAGAAGUGAUUCUUGUUGGUGGUAUGACUAGAAUGCCCAAGGUUCAGCAGACUGUGCAGGAUCUUUUCGGACGAGCCCCAAGUAAAGCUGUUAAUCCUGAUGAGGCUGUGGCCAUUGGAGCUGCCAUUCAGGGGGGGGUGUUGGCUGGUGAUGUCACAGAUGUACUUCUCCUGGAUGUCACUCCUCUGUCUCUGGGUAUUGAAACUCUGGGAGGCGUCUUUACUAAACUCAUUAACAGGAACACCACUAUUCCAACAAAAAAGAGCCAGGUGUUUUCUACAGCUGCUGAUGGACAGACGCAAGUAGAGAUUAAAGUGUGCCAGGGUGAGAGAGAGAUGGCUGGAGAUAACAAACUUCUUGGACAGUUCACUUUGAUUGGAAUUCCCCCAGCUCCUCGUGGCGUCCCUCAGAUUGAAGUUACAUUUGACAUUGAUGCCAAUGGGAUCGUACAUGUUUCUGCCAAAGAUAAGGGCACGGGACGUGAGCAGCAAAUUGUGAUCCAGUCUUCUGGUGGCUUAAGCAAAGAUGAUAUUGAAAACAUGGUUAAAAAUGCAGAGAAGUAUGCUGAGGAAGACAGGCGAAAGAAGGAACGAGUUGAAGCAGUUAACAUGGCUGAAGGAAUCAUUCAUGACACAGAAACGAAGAUGGAAGAAUUCAAGGACCAAUUGCCUGCUGAUGAGUGCAACAAGCUAAAAGAAGAGAUUUCCAAAAUGAGGGAGCUCCUGGCUCGAAAAGAUAGUGAAACUGGAGAAAACAUAAGGCAGGCAGCAUCUUCCCUUCAACAAGCUUCUUUGAAGCUCUUCGAAAUGGCAUACAAAAAGAUGGCAUCUGAACGAGAAGGCUCUGGAAGUUCUGGCACUGGGGAGCAAAAGGAAGAUCAAAAGGAGGAAAAACAGUAAUAGUAGUAAACUUUGGAGCAAAAAGGAAAACAUGAAGCUUCGGAGUAAAGUGACUUCCUGAGCAGAAAUGGGCAAACUUCAGUCUUACUGUGUUUUUGCAGUAUUCUAUAUAUAAUUUCCUUAAUAUGUAAAUUUAGUGGCCAUUAGCUAAUGAUCAUUUAAUGAGUGAUAAGUUCCAACAAUACACAGUUCACAAUGUCUGUCCCUAGCCUAUCAUUUUUCAGUUGCAUGUAAAAAAGGGGGGGAAGGACAGUGUAUUGAUCAUUAUAAAGACGUAACAUUGUUUUGUGCU